CAUCAUAGAGUGACAGGGGAAGUGAGCUAGAGCUCCUCAUUCAUAAAAAAGAGAGAAAGUUCAUUCAUAAAAGCUGCACAGUUUCCCUGUGCCUCAGAAGAAAACGGCAGACGUGGGGAAAGUUGAAUGGAGCCGAAGCAGAGCUGGAAGCCGGGUAACUGACCGACAAAGUGGAUGGGUCAGUUGGACGGGACAGUACUCACCAUGACAAGAGAGGAGCAGGAUGGAUUUUAGCCUGCGCAGGAGAACCCCAAUUCUAGACGUGUCCAGGUCCCCUUAUUAUGAGAGACCAAACCAUACCUAGGUUAAAAGCACAGACAGGACUCCUACCAGGUAUGCUGAAGCGCACAAAAUACAGUCGUCUGCGCAACGAUUCGUUGACGUCCACAGAGGAUCAUCCCCAAAGACAGCUGCCCCUGGAGAGGGAUCUUUGCUUUGAGUCGGAUUUUGGUCGGGGGGACGCUGGUUCGCCCACUCACAGCGGGUCGUCCACCCUGAGGGACUUCAUCCCUCGUAUAGCCAACAUUCGACUGCAGAGUCCCACUUCCCUGCAAGGCCCGAGGGUCGAAACUAACGCAACCAGAGACAGAACCAUUGAUGGACACACUGACAAACCACUGUGCAGAAAAGAUUGGUGCGCCAUCCCUGGUGAUAGAUUUUUUAGCCACUCUUCCCUUAAUGUGUCCCUCUCCACGGGCCAGAACCUCAUUCACCCGGCCCUGCUCUGCUCAAAACGACCCAUCACGCUGCAUCGGAUGGCCAGUCUUCCCUGUCCUCCGAGCUCAAAGCGCAGAGACGGCCUGUGCUCUUUGAAGAAUCCCUCUGCAGUAGAUGACUUUACAGUGGCGAGGACGGCGAACAGAGCAGUUCACCAUCACAUUAAGUACAUGGGCAGUGUGGAAGUGACCCAAUCCAUGAGGACCCUCGACUUUGAUACCAGAAUCCAAGUGACACGAGAGGCAAUCAGCAGAUUGUGUGAGAGGACGUCAAUGAAAACUGCAGUGAAAAAUAAAAGGACUCCGUCCAAGGGCCUGCCUGCUGUUCUGGGUAAAAUCAACAUGCAGUUUUCUGGGAGCAGAGUGAUCCUCACUGUCUCCACAGACAGCAUGACUCUGAUUACAGCGUCCUCCUUACAGAGGAUCGCCCACCACCCCAUGCAGGCCAUUUCAUUUGCCUCUGGAGGAGACCCAGACAUGGCGGAGUACAUUGCCUAUGUUGCAAAGGACUUUGUCAAUCAAAGAGCCUGUCACAUUCUGGAGUGUCCUCAAGGUCGUGCCAAUGAGGUCAUCAGCAGCAUCGGGCAGGCCUUUGAGACCUGCUUCAGACAGCUUCUCAGCCAAACAUCCACACUCCUCUCCCCAAGGUCAUCUGUGAGAAUCUGUCCUAAAUGGUGCUCGGAGGAAACAGCAACAGACCGAAAGCCUAAGAUCGAGGGUGAAGUCAGCUCACAUCGGGUCUACUACAACAUCAUCCCAAGCAAGACAGCACCGCCUGGUGGAAAAGAGGACCCGCAGGUUACAUGGACGGAGAACAAACAGCACUCUAACACACAGGAGGUCCGUUUGUCUCCACCUGUUUCGCUGUAUGAGAACUGCUCCAUCGCAGAAGAAACUUCUGCUUCAUAUGCAGCGAAGUCCGGUGCCGGCGCUGACCAACUCAGUUCUCUCUCUGAGACUCAGGUCCAGAACUUGAUCCAGGAAGAAGGCUGGUUUCACGGCAGGCUGGCCAGAGAACAGGCAGAGUCCCUUCUCACCUGCAGCGGAGAUUUCCUGGUCCGAGAGAGCAGCUCUGCGUGUGGUCAGUAUGUCCUCAGUGGUGUGGAGGGAGGAGCCGUGCGGCACAUACUGCUGGUUGAUCCUCACGGGCAGGUGCGCACACGUGACCAGGUGUUUCAGAGCGUCGGCCACCUGGUGCGAUUCCACAUGGAGAAGCAGCUGCCCAUCAUUUCUGGAAGCAGUGAGCUGUGUCUGAAGCAGCCCAUCCUGCAAACACACUAAUGCUCAUACUCUCUUACUUGUAUAUAUGAAGUUUUAACAGUUGUUUCUCUCUCUUUGUCCUUUUUAUCCAAGAACACCUUGCUCAUGUUAAAAAAAAUUGUAAAAAAGAAAAAAAUGUAAACCCUUUAGUUGCCUGAUAAUAUUAAAACAGCCUCCCAGCACAUUGAACAUGAUUUCUGGUGAGCUGUGGUCAUUGCAACUGCAUCAGUUUGAGGGGACAUCGAGGUUCUAUUUGGUCAUUACAGAAACUGGACUGUUUAUUGGAUAAUACGAUGCCCCUUUUCUUUUUCUUACAGAAG